GUCUCGGAAUAUAAUACUUAACGUGAAACGUCUGGCUAUUUAUAGCAAAAUUUCAUCUGAGCCGACUUUCCUCAUCAAUUCAGUGUCUGAUAUUGACCACACCUCCCCGCGCAGAUUUUUGACUGACAUUCCUGGCAGUAUGUGUAGCAUGUGUGAUAUACGAUAACAUCCCCUAGGCCUCUUCACAUGCUGAUGCUGCAUGAGAGACGGGGGGUCAUCGGCUGUCGGCUAAUUUACAGCAUGUGACUGCCACACAAAAUGAGCAAGGCGAAAGGAACGAUUAUCUUGACAUUGUUAUUAAUUGGAACUUUAUUUUAUUUACAUGUAGCAGUAUUUGAAAGGAAAUUUGACUUUUAUAAGCCAGCAUGGAACGAGUCCAACGUUUUGAAAAGAAUAGUUUCCUCAAUGAAUCUCAAAUCGGUUAUGAAUUUUUCACAAAAUUAUGUGACAGAGAAAGUAAAGCCGAUAGAAUACACGUCAAAUCUCACAGUUGUCACAGCGUAUUGGAAUCUUGGGACAUUUCAAAAAGGUUCAACGGGCAAACUGCAUUUCUCGACGAACACCUACUUUUCUUGGGCCACCUCCUUUAAAUAUCUUGUCAAUCCACUGGUGGUGUACACGGACUCCAAAGAAUUCAAAGAGUUAAUGGAAAAAUUAAGAGCUGAUCGUAUGAAUACUACAGCAAUAUAUUUAGUAAAUCGUACAGAGAUAUGGCCUUUUCAACUUGUAGACCAAAUAAAAGCUGUCUAUAGCCAACCUGGUUAUCCGAAACACUAUCCCAAUACAGUGAAUCCAGGAUAUGCCGCGGCCCAACAUGCCAAAUAUGCCGUAGUUGCCAAAGCAGUGCAAAAACAAAUAUUCCGUGCUCCUUAUUACGUUUGGCUGGAUAUAGGAUAUUUUAGAGACAUUUCAAAUAGAAAAGUGUUUUUUGAAUUGAACAUUCCACCGGGUUUUGACCCCAAGAAAUUAGCUGUAAACCGGGUCAAUGACCUUUCAAUGAAUAUAGACCCUUUUAGUAUAUUUAGACACAAUAUUGUUUGGGUCGGGGGCGGUAUGUUUGUCGGAAGUGAAAAACUAAUUCUAGACUUUGAAAAAUUAUACCAUAAAGCAGUGUUGUACUUUCUUGACCAAAAAUUAAUGAAUUCUGACCAGCAAGUGUUGUAUUCUAUGUACAGUAAAAAAGGCAGGGAAGCUUUGAAGCCUAAUAUAGAACUUCAGUUGUACAUUCCAAAAGGAUCAGGAAAUCCAUGGUUUUAUUUAGGAUAUCUAUGUCUCAAAGAUGUUGUAAGACAAAACUCAUGAGAGAGAGAGAGAGAGAGAGAGAAUUUGUUUUAUAAAGUGCUGUAUGGACCAAAACCCUUUCAGUAUUAUUAGGUUUUCUUUGUUGUUCAAAAUUAUGAUAUGUAUUUUUUAUAUAUGUAGAACCAAACAGAAUGCUCAAUUCAUGAACAAACAUAACAAUAAAUCCUUUGUUAUUUAUUUUUUACAGAGUAUCUUUU